AUGUCUGCCAGUAAUAUGUCGACCGGUAGCGAAACAACACUGUUCAAUAACACCAAUUGCGCUAAUAGUUUCGACAAAGAGAAAGCUCAAGAUCUUACCAGUCAAUUUUCUUCUACUCGCAAGGCCGCAAUUGUGGCUCUUCUCUCCUUUAUCGGAUUUCUAGCAACCUUCUCCUCUACUGCUAUCCUACCAGCGGUCCCAAAUAUUGCAGAAGAUCUCAAGACCACUCAAGUGGCUGUAAACAUUAGCAAUGCGGUCUACGUUGCCCUUCUCGGAAUUCCUACAAUUUUCUGGGGACAGAUGGCUCGACACUGUGGUCGUAGACCGCCUCUAUUGAUCGCAUUGGUGAUCUACACUUUGGCAAAUUUUGCUACAAGCUUUGCCCCAGAAAUCGCUUCCUUCACGAUAUUUCGCAUACUCGCUGCUGCGGAAGCCACAUGUUUUCUUGUGGUCGGCGCCACGAUAUGUGGAGAUCUAUACGUCGUUACUGAGCGAGCUACUGCCAUUGGGUACUUCAUUCUCGGCGUUUUUGUAGGGACGAGCGUUGGCCCGUUGAUAACAGGCGCGAUUAUCACUACCAGUACUUGGAGAUGGAUGUUUUGGUCGCAGACCGCAAGUCUUUUUCUUGCCACGGUAUUCACUUAUUUCUACCUCCCAGAGACUGUCGGCGUGCGCGAAUCUAAGUUUCGUGACUUCCCAGCACUUGAACGAGCCAAGAAGAUUGUUAGCUGGUUAUCUCCAGUAUCAACUAUUAAGCUUUAUAAGUAUCCUGGGAUUUUAGUCACUAGUGUUGCAUCAGGGGCCCUAUUGUGGGGGAUGUACUCCAUUCUUACUCCGAUCCGACAAGUUCUCAAUCCUAGGUUUGGUUUGACUACCCCAUUACAGAGUGGUCUCCUCUAUUUAGCUCCUGGGAUGGGCUACCUGGUAGGCUGCCCUCUAGCUGGAAAGUGGUCAGACUAUAUGGUCAAAAGAUGGAAGAAGAAAACAUCCGGAGUCGCUAGACCCGAAGAUAGGCUGAGAGCUACUUUGGUUCCUUUUCUCCUCAAUGCCGCAUCAACAUUAAUAUACGGCUGGUCCGUGGAGAAGAAGAAGGGAGGGAUGGCAGUCCCAAUCAUAUUUUUAUUCCUAUCUGCCUUUGCACAAAUGGCAUGUUUUUCGCCAAUCAGCGCAUACUCUGUUGAUGUCAUACCGGGUCGCGGUAGUGAGGUUCUUGCUGCAAACUACCUACUUCGUUACUCAGCAGGUGCUGCUGGAACCGCCGCUGUUCUCCCAGUAAUUGCAAAGAUUGGAAUAGGAUGGUUUUCAACUCUCUCGGCAGGUUUAAUUCUGGUUUCGACUGCAUUAAUAGUGAUCGUUAUAUAUGGCCCUAAGAGAUGGCACCCAUAG